UGCAAUUUUUGAAGAGCUGAUUUUUUUUUCAUUUCAUUUGGUGAAUAACUUGGUGAAGACAGAGGGCUACACAUCCAUGUCUCAACGCCGCUUUUUCAGGGAAGGACAUGAAAGUCAUUUUAGGAUCCUACCAAGAUUCAUCCAAAUCCUGCAUGGCAGACGGCACUCACGGAAUAACCAACGCCAAAUAUGCUCUGAUGAAAUCAUGCAUCAGGAUAUCAUUCCCCUCUACGCUGCUGAUAUUCAGGACCAGUUAAAGAAACGAUUUGCUUACUUGUCAGGUGGAAGAGGGGGAGAUGGAUGCCCUGUUAUCACCUUUCCGGACUAUCCAGCUUUCAGUGAGAUUCCUGAGAAAGAGUUCCAGAAUGUCCUGACCUACCUGACAAGCAUCCCAAGUUUACGAGAUGCUGGAAUUGGAUUUAUUCUUGUCAUAGAUCGCAGACAGGACAAAUGGACCUCUGUGAAAGCUUCCAUACUGCGGAUAGCAGCAUCUUUCCCAGGAAACCUUCAGCUAGUCCUUGUUCUGCGCCCAACGGGAGUUUUUCAUCGAGCUCUCUCAGACAUUGCUUUCAGAUUCAACAGGGAUGAGUUUAAAAUGAAAGUACCUAUCAUAAUGCUGGGCUCAGUGUCAGAACUGCAGGGUUACAUUGAUAAAACACAAUUAACAGAAGAUCUUGGUGGCACCCUGGAUUACUGCCAUAACAGAUGGCUGUCCCGUCGCACUGCUAUAGAAGGUUUCGCCCAAAAGGUUAAGGAAACAGCUCAGAUUCUUCAGUCCUUUGGGACUGAGCUGGCUGAAACAGAGCUACCAAAUGAUGUGCAAUCAACCAACUCUCUUCUUGCAACACACACAGAAAAGAAGAACAAAAUGAAGGAGGACAUCAGGUUAGCGGUAGAACAGGGCGAUGAUAUCCUUGGAAGUAUUACAAAACCAGUUACUGAGAAUCCUGAAUACAAACUGAAUCAAGAUCAGCUAGACAAUCAAACAACAGUAGAAAGGCUUCUGGCUCAAUUACAUGAAACAGAGAGUGCCUUUGAUGAGUUUUGGAUUAAGCAUCAGCUAAAACUUGAGCAGUGCCUGCGCCUUCGGAAUUUUGAACAGAAUUUCAGAGAGGUCAAAGCAGCUUUGGAUACUGCAUCUGAGAGACUGUCUGCCUUCACAGAUGUGGGAAAUAGCUUUUCACACGUGGAGCACAUUUUGAAAGAUCUUGCCAACUUUGAAGAAAAAUCAUGUGAAAUUAUAGCAAAAGCCAGAAUGCUAGCCUCAGAGGGUGAUGACUUUAUUCAAAGCAAUCAUUAUGCUGUGGAUUCCAUUAUUCCAAAAUGCAGUGAACUUCAUCAUCUCUGUGAUGCCUUCGCUACUGAGACAGAGCAGAGACGGAAUCUUCUUAACAAAUCUUUAGAACUGCAUGGCUUACUAGAAAAGUCUAUGAAGUGGUGUGAUGAAGGAAUUUAUCUGCUAGCUUCACAGCCAGUGGAUAAGUGUCAGUCUCAGGAUGGUGCAGAAUCAGCAUUACAGGAGAUCGAGAAAUUUCUGGACACUGGUGCAGGCAACAAAAUCAAGGAGUUGAAUAAAAUUUACAGAGAGUAUGCACACAUCCUCAAUGAGGACCUAAAGGAGCAUGUGCAAAAAGUUUACCAGAAGCAAGAAAGUAUGGAAGAAAUGUUUCAAAAGAGACAAGUAAGUCUUAAGAAACUGGCAGCUAAGCAGACACGUCCUGUUCAGCCAGUUGCACCAAGACCUGAAGCCUUUGUAAAAUCUCCUGGUACCUCUCCAUGUCUUCAAAGAGAAUACAUAUCCAACUCAGACAGCAGUGCACUUCGAAGGGGAAACUACAGAAGAGGAAAGAGUGAAAUGACUGAACAGCAUCAAAGCAGAGGAGGAUCUACAAUGGAUGAUGAAGAAAACCUAGCUGUGUUACGGCAGCAUGUGAUUAAUGAACUUAUUGAGACUGAAAGAGCAUAUGUGGAAGAACUUCUCUGUGUUCUUGAGGGGUAUGCUGCAGAGAUGGACAACCCCCUAAUGGCUCAUCUCAUUUCACCAGAACUCCAAAAUAAGAAGGAUAUCUUGUUUGGAAAUAUGGAAGAAAUUUAUCACUUCCACAACAGAAUAUUCUUGAGAGAACUAGAAAACUACAUAGAAUACCCAGAACUAGUAGGACGGUGCUUUCUGGAUCAGAUGGAAGAUUUCCAGAUUUAUGAAAAAUACUGUCAAAAUAAACCUCGAUCUGAAAGUUUGUGGAGGCAGUUUUCAGAUUCUGUAUUCUUUCAGGAAUGUCAAAGAAAACUUGAUCACAAGCUCAGUUUGGACUCAUACUUGCUGAAACCCGUUCAAAGAAUAACCAAAUACCAAUUAUUGCUGAAGGAAAUGCUCAAAUACAGUAAGAACUGUGAAGGUGCUGAAGAUCUUCAGGAGGCAUUAACAUCUAUACUGGGUAUUCUCAAAGCAGUCAAUGAUUCUAUGCACCAGAUAGCCAUUACAGGCUAUGAUGGAAACCUGAAUGAGCUAGGCAAGCUUUUAAUGCAGGGGUCCUUCAAUGUCUGGAUUGAUCACAAAAAGGGUCACUCAAAGGUGAAAGAUUUGGCGCGUUUCAAGCCAAUGCAGAGACACCUCUUCCUCCACGAGAAAGCAGUGCUCUUCUGUAAAAAGCGAGAAGAAAACGGAGAGGGAUACGAGAAAGCACCUUCCUACAGCUACAAACACUCCUUAAAUAUGGCAGCUGUUGGAAUAACAGAAAAUGUCAAAGGUGAUGCAAAAAAAUUUGAAAUCUGGUAUAAUGCAAGGGAAGAAGUUUACAUCAUACAGGCACCAACCCCUGAAGUGAAAGCUACUUGGGUAAAUGAAAUAAGAAAAGUGCUGACGAGUCAACUGCAGGCAUGCAGAGAAGCUAUCCAGCACAGAACACUAGAACAAACACAGAGUUUACCUCUACCAGCAUCAUCUUGUGCAAGUCCCUCACGGAACCACAUCAGAAACACCAAAAAAAUGGAUGAGAAAAAAUCUGAUCUCACCAGUCCAGAAGGUUAUGGCACCACAGCAGCACCAAAGUAUCCUGAGAAAGGCAAAGAUGACACUAGCUCUACCUCAGAAUGCUCUGCACUGUCAAAAAAGCCCUUUACACUGCAGGGCUUUACUAACCUCAAAAGUCAGAAAGAAACUCCAUCUUCUGCUAAAAGCCAGACAUUGCCAAUGAUCCUUCUUACAGGACCAGCUUCUCCUACCAGUCCUGACAAAAAAGCUAAACGGCAUGAAGUAGUGAGUGACCCAACUCCUUUUGGUUUAAGAGGUUGGGCCAAAACCUCUCAUUCUCUUGAUGCAUCUGAAGAAAAUGACGGCUGGUCUAGUGCUGAAGAUCCACUGAAUUCAUCAGAUGCAGAGGAAGAAGGAGGAGGAGGAGGCGGAGAGAUGAAGCUGACUCCUGGUAAAUAUACAGUUGUGACUGAUUAUGAGAAAGGAGUUUCUGAAGAAUUUACAGUGAAAAGUGGAGAUCUGGUUCAACUGAUUCGUGAAGGAGAGGAUGGACAUUGGUAUGUGAAGAACCUGAGCUCUGGUAGAGAAGGCUGGAUCCCAGCAAACAAUCUCCUGAUGCUCAUAGGCAAUUCAAAAUCAGCUCAAUCUUUAAGCAGCUCUGAAUCAGGCACUGCCUCCAGCACUUUGAGCACAUCCUCAAGUUGCAGUGAUAGCUGCAAUGCCAGCAGCACCAGCGUCUCAGACAUUAAGGGCUAACAGUAAAUUUUUGCCUCAACUCCAUCGAAAGAAACUUCAGAGGUUGUGAUUUUGUGCACAGUGGAUUCCAGUGGAGAAGUACCAGUUCUGUGUCGCCAGCUUUGAGUAUUUCCACUGAUGAUUUUUACAGGUUCUCCCAGAAGAUCCCAAGGAAAAGUGAAUGGAAUGUGAAUAAAAUGUAAAUAAAAUUAAACAAUUUGAAAUAGGGUCUUGUAAAGGCUUGUGCUCUGAAGUCUAAAGCUGCAGAGCUGUUAGCAUAAAACACAUUUUCUUAUUCUGAACUGUUUAAUUCCAUAACAGCCAGAAUCUGAGUGUGAGCAAACAAGAUGUGUUCAGUGCUAAAUCCUCAUUGUAAACUAAUAACAGAAAUCACUGUGCAGGACAGGUAUGAGGAAAAUAAAUCUGAGUUUACAAUUUCUCCUCCCACAAAACAGCCCUUUCUCCAAGGAUGUACCUCAGUCAUUGCAGUGAGUGGGACUCUUAGCACAACCAGGAAGGAGGUUUGGUUCAGCCUUUUUUCUUCUCUGGGCUCUUCAGGAUAUUCUUCUAUUCCCUGGAUACAGGGAAUACAGACAUGACCAAUUCACUGACCACAGCAGUAUCAAAAGAAAAUAUUAUUUUAUCCUUUUCAACCUUUUAAUAAUGUGUGCAAUGAAAUAGCUCUUUUCUGAGGUAUUUUGGCCUCACAACCAAAUUCUUUCCAAGAUCACUGUGUUUACAUAGCCUUGGCAAUUUAGUAGUAUCUUUUUCCUUAUGUAGGUGCACAAUGAAACACAAAUGUCCUUAUUCACUAAAUUAUUUGUUAAUUAAAUGCUAAUUGCAUUGUUACCUCUAGUUCUCACAAUUAACAUGCAGUUACAUGCAGAGAGAACUAUUGUGGCUAUACUGUGGGUCAAGAGCCUUCUUUCAGAUAGAUCUAUGAGCGCUGGAAACCAGAUGCAAUUUUAGUUAGUAGUGUUUGUUGAAGAUUUUUUCAAAGAGAAAAACACUUUUUUUUUUUAAUAAAAGUAAAAACCCAAACAACACCUUUAUUAGAGAAGAGUCAGACUUAUGCUACAGACAAGUAUUUUAAUUUUUUUAAAGGAAGGGGAGUGCUAAACUUGCCAUUUUUCAAGGUGUGAUAUAAGCCAAUAUUGUAAAUUUUCACCUUGUCAGACUUUCUUGACCCAACAUCCUUACAAACAGUCCAAAACUGUGUGUAUGUAUGGAAAACUAUAUCAACUUCUGUCCAUCAAUCAAAUAUUUUUAAGGGAUUCAUGUAUUGUAUUACUGAAAAUAGUGUGGACAUUUAAAAGAGCCUAAGUAUUCAGCACCAUUAAGCACAGCAGAUUGUUUGUGAGAACUGCUGUUAAGUCCUCAGCCCCUCUGACAGCCAAGCCCUGAAGUCUACCAUUAUGCCAGAAUUUCAUAUUUUAGAGGCUGCAGCUAAGGAAACUUCAACAUAAAGUACUCUAAAGGAUUAUCUUACCCCUGGGUUGCAAAAACAGCCCGACCCCAGAUGCAAUCAAAAUGCAACUGACCAUGGGCAGUACAAAUUGAAACAUAUAUAUACACACACAUGUAUUUAUGCACAUAUAAAUGUGCAUCUAUGUUUUUGUGUUUAUAUAUAUGUGUGUGUAGAUAUGUAUAUGUGUGUAGAUAUAAUGUAUCAAUGUAAAAGAUGUAUUUAUAGUCCUCAUGCUGCUGAAUGUGUCACUUUACAAUUCAUAAAGACUUGGGUUUCUUGCAAUACUGCAAUAUAAAGACUGAUCAGGGUUUUACUUCAGGCAUCUUUUCCAACACAGAUAUCCUCUGAUCUUUGUUUAAUUAUCCCAUAUAAUACUGUGCUGACCUGGAAUAUUUAGUCUGAUAUUUAACAAUGGAAUGGCAACAUGAGAUUCAGCUUAUAUUCAUCUACAUAAGUUAUUUUGUAAAUUAUCUGUAACAUAAUUUACUUAUAUAUUGCUGUCAUUGCUAGGACGGGACUGUCCUUUCUUUGCUCACCAUGGCCUCAUUUGUGUUAUUUCAAUGGUUUUCUCCACAUCAUUGCACUUUAAAAAAACCCAUUUCACCAUUUCCUUUUUUACUGCUGUUGUGAAUUAGAAGUUCAAAGUCAAAGGUCUCUAUUGUAAUUACAAAAAUUUGAAUAAAUUUCAGCACUUCCUGCUGAA